CCACACAACACAUACAUUCACACAAACACUAUUUCUUCUUCCUUUCUCUCUCCUCUCAUCAAUCAUUUCUCACUCUUAAACUCCCCUUUCUCGCUCUCUCUGUGUCUUCCUCCAAUCAUACAUCACAACACUUUGAAAUUUUUUUCAACUCUUCAAUAACACCAACAAUUCUACUCUAACAAGCAAUCAAUCUUUAAUUUUAAUUUAUUCUUAGAGUAAUCCCCAAUUUCACCCUUUAAUUUCCUCAUUAUUUUAUAUAAUUCCCAUCAAAUUCUCUUUCUUCACGUCUCUUUUUCUUCUCCCUUUUUUUGAAAGAUCAGUUUUUUUUUUUUUUUGAUGAUGAAUUAAUUUCUUAUAUAAAUAUAUAGAUGCAUGUAAUUGCUUUUGCAACUAUCUUCCUUUUGUCGUCUCCGUUGUCGUCGCCGUUUCCGUUUCCGUGGUUUCAUACUGAGUUCACAAGCUCCGACUCCGUUGACCCGUUUCAGGAUUGAUCUGAAGCUUCAAACUUUGUAGAUAUUGGGUAUUCUCCACCACCCCCUCCCUCAUCCACUUGUGUCCAGGAGCAUUGUCAGUUUGUGAGAAUUCUAAGAAUUUGAGUUCUGAUACAUAUCUUUUGUAUAGAGUAAUUAGAUGGGUCAGCGUGCUGAAGAUUCUGUUUUAGGCUCUUGGAAUAUUCCUUUAACGGGUAAACCCAAAGAAAUGGGAACUGGUCCGUGGAAUAUGCGGCGCAGCCCUAUGUAUCAUACCUCAAGUGACGCUUCUUUAUUUUCCAGCUCAUUACCUGUUCUUCCUCAUGAGAAGUUAAGCAUAAAUGAUUCUGCGAAUGGUCGGCAAGUUGUUGAUGAUGGUGCAGCAAACUUGGAUAAAGUGGAGCAAGACGUUGAAGGAGUUGAUUCACUUGAUGAUGAUAUUGUUAACCAUACAAUUGAUUUUGUGCUACCCGGUGAAGAUGCUCUCUUUGCUGAUCUUGCGAAUGAUUAUGAUUUUACUGGACUGGCGAGCCAGGUGGAUGAUAUGGAGGAGGGUGAUUUUUUUGGUAACUUGGGAGGAAUGGAGUUGGAAAAUGAUGUGCAGGAUACCUUAAGCUUAGAUAUGUCCAAGUUUAGCCUCUCUGAUGGCAUAACUGGUAAUGGAAUGAUUCAAUAUGGCCCUCCAAAUGCUGGGGCAAUUGCUGGAGAACAUCCCUAUGGGGAGCAUCCAUCUCGAACUUUGUUUGUUCGUAAUAUUAAUAGCAACGUUGAGGAUUCUGAAUUGAGAAAUCUUUUUGAGCAAUAUGGUGAUAUCCGGACACUGUACACAGCAUGCAAACAUAGAGGUUUUGUGAUGAUAUCAUAUUAUGACAUUCGUGAUGCACGAUCAGCCAUGCGAGCCUUACAAAAUAAGCCAUUGCGUCGGAGAAAACUUGACAUACACUUUUCAAUUCCCAAGGAUAAUCCAUCUGAGAAGGAUAUUAAUCAGGGGACAUUAGUAGUCUUUAAUCUGGAUCCAUCAGUUUCAAACGAGGAACUACGUCUAAUAUUUGGGGCUUAUGGAGAGGUCAAAGAGAUAAGGGAGACACCACAUAAGAAGCACCAUAAAUUCAUUGAGUUUUAUGAUGUCAGAGCUGCAGAAGCAGCACUCAGGGCAUUGAAUAGAAGUGACAUAGCUGGCAAACGCAUAAAGCUUGAACCCAGUCGUCCUGGUGGGACACGUCGGAACAGCUUGAUGUUGCAAUUGAAUCAAGAGCUUGACCAUGAGGAGUCUCGAUUUCGGCAUCAUGUUGGCUCCCCGAUAACUAACUCCCCGCCUGGAAGCUGGUUGCAGCAGCUAAGCAGUCCUGUUAACCAUAAUGCUGUUCACGCUUUUAGCAGAUCCCCUGGUUAUAGGACAAUGAGCCCUACUACCAAUAACCAUCUUCCUGGAUUGGCAUCAAUUCUGCAUUCUCAAGCUUCUGGUUCUCCAAAGCUCGCACCAAUUGGCAAGGACUUUGGUAGGGGAAGCCAUGUUGAGCAAAUGUUUGCCAAUAGUUCUGAGCAGAGAGCCAAUUUACACACUCCCCAUUCAUUUCCAGAGCUGAAGCUGGGUAGCCAAUUAUCUGGCUCCAUGUCAUCAUUUGGUGCAUCAACUUCAAAUGGAUCUGCUAUUGAAACACUGUCUGGGCCCCAGUUUCUUUGGGGAAGUCCCACCACUUUUUCAGAGAAUGCUAAGUCAACUGCCUGGUCCGCUCACUCAGGAAAUCCCCUAUUAUCUAAUGGACAUCGGCAUGGGUAUCCAUAUUCUAGUCGACAUGGCCCGUAUCUCAGUUCAGUCCAGCAUAACCAGCAGCAUGUUGGCUCUGCUCCUUCUGGUAUUCAUCAUCUUGAAAGGCACUUUGGCUUUUUUCCUGAAUCACCUGAGACAUCAUAUGUGAACCCUGGUGGUUUUGGGGGCAUUAAUCGAGUUCCUAGCAAUGGUAAUUACAUGAUGAGUGUCGGUCCUCGAUCUGCUAUGCAUGCUGGUAUUGCAGGAAACAUGUCUGAAAGUAAUUCCCCUAGUUUUAGAAUGAUGUCUUCACCAAGGCUUAGUCCUGUAUUCCUUGGUAAUGGUCCUUACACAGGGCAAGCAGUUGGAAUUGAAUCUGAGCGCACCCGUACUCGACGGGUUGAGAGUAACACAAAUCAGGUUGAUUGCAAAAAGCAAUUUCAAUUAGAUUUGGAAAAGAUUGCUAAUGGCGAAGAUGGCAGGACAACCCUUAUGAUAAAAAAUAUCCCUAACAAGUAUACCUCAAAGAUGCUACUAGCUGCUAUUGAUGAAAAUCACAAAGGCACUUACGAUUUCAUUUAUUUGCCCAUAGAUUUUAAGAACAAGUGCAAUGUAGGUUACGCAUUUAUCAACAUGUUGUCUCCAUUACAUAUCAUCCCGUUCUAUAAGGCAUUUAAUGGGAAGAAGUGGGAAAAGUUCAAUAGUGAGAAAGUUGCGUCCUUGGCAUAUGCUCGCAUUCAGGGAAGGACAGCCCUUAUUGCCCACUUUCAGAAUUCUAGCUUGAUGAAUGAAGAUAAGCGUUGUCGACCAAUUUUAUUCCAUUCAGAGGGUGACGAGGCUGGUGAGCAGAUCAUCCAGGAGCAUUUGCCUUCAACUAGUUUUAAUAUCCAGAUGCGUCAGCCAAAUGGGUCAGAGUCAGGGGAAUUCUCAGGAAACAAUGGAAAUGAUGAUGUUGAAGAGAAAUCAGAUGAGCUUUUGUAGAAGUAGAAGGGCUUGGCAUAACUAUACUGCAGGCUGGCUAAUCUGUGCUAACUUUCUCGUAUAUAUGAUGGUGAAGUGUACAAAUUAGGAAGAGGUCAACAAAAAAAAAAGUUCUAAAAAAUAUUGGACUUGGAGUAUCAGUAUUUGUGUUUUGGAUCCGGACUCCUGUUUUUGCUUGAAAGCUCUAGAACCACCAUGAGCAGCUACGAUAUGCCAUGGUUGGCGGAUGAUUUAGGUGACCGAAGGCUGAACAGCUGGAAGUAAUUUUUCAUUUUUCUGGAAAAAAAAUCUUGGCUCAGCCAUCGAGUGCCCUGAAGUUGUGAAUAGUUUUCCCCCUACUCUGUUUUUUCACGUUGGGGUCCUCUAAAUUUUUUGCGAUUUCUGAGUCGGAUCAAAUUGUGCAUAAUUGGUAUCCGUGACUCGGUCUGUCUUAUGUUAUGGCUCAAGUGUAAUAUUUUGAGAAAUGUGCUAGCAAUGCUAUUUACAAGCCUUGUACAGUGGGAAAUGACCAUUGUCAUGGAACUCGGAGACUAAUAUAUAUAAUUACAUUUAAUUUA